GGAUUUCCGAGGAAAGAAAACAUUCCGAGGAAUUAUUUCCGAGGACUUGUUUCGUCAGUAUGUCGUCAGAAUAACGUUAUUCCGACGAAAUUCCGAUGAUUUUUUCCCUCAGUAUCCUUGCUGUUUUCUUUUAGUGAGAGGUGUAUAUACGAGGAUAAGAAAAUUAGUCGCUAUAGAAUAUUGACCAAUAAGAAAAUUAUGUGUGAUUUGUGAUCGUUGAUAUCAACCAUAUAUAGUUCAAUGACUGAUUGCUAAACUGAAGUUUAUAAUUGCUAAACUGAAGUUUAUAAUGCUACAUUUAAUAACGUUUAGAUGUUUCUUUUGUUAGUUCGAAAUUUGUCUACACAACUUAUAGUAGUUCUGACUCAAUUGGUCGCAAGGACUCUUUUGGCAGAGGUUGAGUUCUUGUUCACGAGUUCGAGUUUCUCCUAAAAAGGAACUGUUUCCGUCUGAACAUAUAUCACCAAGCAGCUAAUUACAUAUUGGAAAAGAUUGUAGAACAAAGGUCUUAAUUUUUUUUUGUUAAAGAAAACCCUAAUAUUUUGCUCAUUAACAUCUACUAUAUGAAUCCCCUAGAGACCCAUUCAAAAAUAUAAAACAUCCUACCCACUCCCACCUCUAGAAACAUACAAUCUACCUUUAAUCAGUCAAUUCAUAUUUUUAAAGUUCACCAUUAAUUCUUUGUUAGAUUUAAUUAAUUAAUAAUAACUUAUACUAUAGAACAUCAAACUUUCCGUAAGGAUGCUUACAAAGCAUAUAUAACAAGAAUUCUAAUAAGCAUUGGUUCAUACAACUAUUUGAAAAUUAUGGUUAAUUUGUCUUCUUGUUUUGUUCUCCUAUAAAUAAGAAAAUUAUUUUUCUGGAGAGUUGAUGAUAGGGAAAUUGGAGCCUAUAGCAACAAAAAAAAACGGUAAUUGGCAGAGUAGCUAUUUUACCUAAUACACCAAUACACCAUGCAUCUUUUAUAUAAUAAUACUACUAUGCCUUCUUACACAACCGGUAAAACCUGUAAACAAAAAAAAACUAAAGUAAUAAUAUUUACCUAACACACAUACAUCGUGACCUUUGGAGAAACACAUACUGAGUUGUUUCUUCCCCAUUUUUGAUCCAUAGUAACCACCAAAACCAUUUUUGGAGUAGCUUUGCCUAGGAGAUGCCCAUCUGUAACGGUUCGCUUGGCUACUGACGGAAAGCUUUGUGCAUCUGAAAUCUAUGGAGUCGCCGACAACGUAAACAGCACAUCCGCGAGGUUCAUCAACUCUUCCCUCAAUCGCCUUAAUCUCUUCGGUUUACGAGGCGGUUACAUGUAUUAUUCCCAUGGAUGUCGUCAGUUACACAUAUCUUUCUUGCUGUGAAUGUUCUUGAAUUGAUCGGAGAAGAUGAACAGUUUUUGUAACAUUGUAUUCUAUACUAUAUUUAUGCGUAUGGAAUAGAAAUGUAAAACAAUAUGUAUUAUGAAUGUUUUAUUCAUGUUAUGUAAUGUGAAAUAGUAUGUUACUAUACUUAUUAAUCAUGUAUCAUUCCAUUUGAUGAUUAAUAAAGAAAGUGUUAUUUUGUUCACCAAUAUGUACUAUACUAUGUAUUUUGUUCCAUUCUAUUUGGGUUUAGGGUUUAUACUUGGGUUUAGGGUUUAGUGAUUAAGAUUUAGGGUUUAGUAUUUGGAAGGUAUGGUUGAAGUUUGAUAGUGCCCCUAUCGUGUAUCGUUCCAUUUGAUGAUUAAUAAAGAAAGUGGUAUUUUGUUCACCAAUAUGUACUAUACUAUGUAUUUUGUUACAUUCUAUUUGAGUAUAGGGUUUAUAUUUGGGUUUAGCGUUUAUAUUUGAAUUUAGGGUUUAUAUUUAGGUAAGAGUUUAAUGAUUAAAGUUUAGAGUUUAAUGAUUAGAGUUUAGAGUUUAAUAUUUAUAAGGUGAGGGAGUAUGGUUAGUGUCAACAUUAACUUUUUCUUUGCAAUCAUAGACAUUCAAUAAAUUCACUAAUAUGUGCUAUGUUAUUUUCUUUGUUCCAUUCUAUAUGGAUUUUUGAUUUAUAUUUGAGUUUAUGGUUUAUAUUUUGAUUUAUGGUUUAUUGAUUAGAAUUUAGGACUUAGUAUUAAAGGGUUGUGGUAAAAUUGGGAUUUAGUAUUAAUGAGUUGUAGGUGGAGUUAUAAUCCUAUACUACUUCGUUGAUAUGAAAUAAAACACUCAUGCAUAUGUAUGUGGUCAACAAAAGUAUACGUGGAUGGUUCCUCUUUCUUUUAUUUGAAAUAGUUUUAAAGUGCUUUUGAUCUUAUAUUCUAUUGGCCACGUUAUCCACUCCAACACAAUUACCUGAUACCUACAAAGAAAAAUGACAUAACCGGACAUUUUAUGGCAUAAAUGUCAUAAAUUAUAUUAUGUCAAAAUCAAUGACAUUCACCUAAUUUGUAUUCAAAACAUGGCUAGUUCACAGAUAAGUCAUCGAUGAUACAUGGUGUUGUAGAAAACCGAAACUUUCAUACCAGUAUAAUUGAAUAACUUUUAAUCUAUGUAAAACAUGUCAUAAUCAACUCCCCGUAUACCAACUUUAUCAACAAAUAGUAUUAUAUAAUAGUUAGUAAGAAUAUUUUUUCUUAUAGUAUCAACCAGUAUCCCCCUUUAUAUUGAAUACUCUCACCUUAAAAUACAAAACACUAAGUUUCUCUAUUUCUUCAUCUUCAUUCUCACUUGUUUUCUGAAAGCAGCUUUUACAAUAAUGGGCAAUAAACGCAUAGAAGCAAUGAUGAUUAUGAUGGUGUUCUCAUGGAGGAUUUGUGAAGCCGAGAGGUUAAGAAGACACACAGCAUCAUCAUCAAGACCACAAAGAUUUUUCAAGGUGAGAAGACCAAAUCCACUUCAUCAUAAUCAUAACCAUGGCUUCAUUGAUGAUGAUUAUCCUCCAGAAACUUUCUCAGGGCUUUUACCCAAGACAAUGCCAAUUCCACCUUCUUCUCCUUCCAAGAAACACAAUGUCUAUGGUUUACAGAGUACCAAUUUCCAACGAUAUCCAUGACCUUCGGUCGCCAAGAUUUUUUUUUUUGUAACACUGCUACUUCCAUUCAUAAACUUAAAAGUUCAAAGGAGAAAAUACAUAAAUUUCAUUCAACAGGGCUUGCUUUGCUAAAGCGUCAGUAGCCUUGUUGUCUGAUCGCUGAAUCCAGCUAAAAGAGACAUAAUCAAAAGCAAAUGAAAGGUUUGAAAUGUCGGAGACAAUUCCAUAAAUCUGAGAAUUAGGAGCCUCUUCAUGGAUAGCUCGUAUGAGCUAGAGAGAAUCAGAUUUGCAGCUUACACGCCGGAUGCCCUUGGCGAUGCAGCAGAUGAGAGCUUCUCGUAGAGCCAGUCCUUCAGCAACCAGAGGGGAGUUGACAAAGUGGCAGUGUGCCAUAAAGGAGCUA